CAAAGCUGGAAAGGUGGCAGGGAGAUGACUGCUAAAAGAAAACGGUCUUUAGUUUUAACCCUAGUGGAAUGUUUCCAGCAGUAAACAGCUGUGCAGCAGCAAUUUUUUCCUUCUAUAACUGUGUCAGUGUGUAAUGACCUAUUUACUUUUUCCAGAUCAUGUGUGUGUGGCCCUCAUAAAAAUUACCAGACUGCAGAACAUGUGGAGGACUAAAUCUGAGGACGCCGGCGGGAAAACAAAGUGAAAACGAGUGGAGGAGGAUGGCAGACGUUCGAGGUGAAUGCUGACCAGGAUAAGGCCUGCCUGCAUCUACAGUAUAACCAAAAUGCAGCGUCCACAAUAUAUCGAUCAUGACUACCAGGCUAAGCUGCUUAUGAGAGGACCUUCGGAGAACUCUGCAACCAAUCCCCCUCCCCUUGGUCCCCCACACCCCCUAGAGGAUAACCUGUUCCUCUCCCCUGCUUCACCUGCAUCCCACCCUUAAUCACCCCCUGGACUUUAAAGGACGAGAGGAGAUAUAUAUACAAUGGCAGUUCUGAGAGUGAAGUUCACCAAGACCAAGAGGGACAAGCUGGCCCAGGUGCUGUGGAUCCUGAACUGGAUCUCGGUAGUGACGGGGGCCAUCCUCUUCAGCCUGGGCCUCUUCCUCAAGGUGGAGCUCAACAAGCGGCAGGAGCUGAUGGCUGAGAGGGACAUCCAGUACGUCCCCAACAUGCUGAUCGCCGUGGGCCUCAUCGCCUGUGCCAUAAACUUCCUGGGUGGGAAGAUCUGCUACGACUGCGUGGACAGCACCAAGUUCCUGCGCUGGAAGCUCAUCAUGCUGCCCUACAUCAUAUGCACCUUCUUCUUCACCUUCUGCGUGCUGGUGGGGGCCCUGAUGUGUUACAGCAUGCGCGGGGAGCUGGAGGAGUCUCUGAACCUAGGGCUGACGGAGGCCAUGAGGUUCUAUAAGGACACGGACACGCCGGGAAGGUGCUUCCUGAAGCGCACGGUGGACGUGCUGCAGAUAGAGUUCCAGUGCUGCGGGAACAAUGGAUAUAAAGACUGGUUUCAAAUCCAGUGGAUCAGCAGCCGUUACCUGGAUAUGUCCCAAAGAGAGGUGGUGGACCGACUGAGAAGCAACGUGGAGGGGAAGUACCUGAUGGACGGCGUCCCCUUCAGCUGCUGCAACACCUUCUCCCCCCGGCCCUGCAUCCAGCAGCAGAUCACCAACAACUCCGCUCACUUCAACUACGAGCACCAGACGGAGGAGCUGAACCUGUGGAUGAAAGGCUGCCGCCGGGCGCUGCUGGAGUACUACACCCACAUCAUGCAGUCCAUUGGCCUCACGGUCCUCAUCACCUGGCUAUUUGAGCUGUCAGUGUUGACGGGGGUUCGUUUCCUCCAAACCUCCCUGGAAAACGUGCUGAGGCAAGGCGACCCCAACUCUGAGUCCGAGGGCUGGCUGCUGGAGAACAGCUUCAUGGAAACGGCCCGCACGAACCUGAACAUCAUCAAGAGCCUCGGCAAGUGCAACCAGAUAGAUACAGCCAACAACGGGGACCCAAACAUUAAUGUUCCCUGCACGUCUAAAGCAAACUACGGGCCGGACAACGUGCCCCCGAAGCCAACACCUGAAGACAGUUGACCUCUCAUUGAACAGCAUCUUUAAAGGGCCUUCAUCUAGAUGCUACAUUUAGUGGUUUGAAUCCACAUGAAUCCAAAUCUCUCGGUUGCAUGUUCUUUUUUCAGCAUAAUGUAAAUCAUAGAUCACCACAACUGUACACAUCUGUACUGUGAUUUGUUUACAAAUGAUAUCUGGUUGCCUGUGUUCGGUGUGGUUUCACAGCAGGUGUUCUUACAGUUCCUUACACCUGUCUGCUUGCGAUACCGGAGUCACGAUGAACUCGAGAUUUGUAUGAAGAGAAAUUAGGGAAAGUGAUCAGAAGUUGAAGGCCACGUUUUGCCUGAUUUUGCCUCAAAGUGUGAUAAUAAAAAGCAGUGGAAAGAGGUUAGAACAUAACUUAUAUUCUACAUGUAGUGGAGCAGGGUGACUUGGCCCUCAGGUUAAAUAGAGCCGCAUUUCCAUCCAGAACCAUUAGUCCUAGGAAACAUUUUUCAAUGAGUUGACAGCCACUUGUUCAGAGACCUGUGAAGGUUAGGCAAAUUAGCAUCUCAUGUACGAAAAAGCAUCCGCUGUUUUAGUGCACGACUAUACAACAACGGCCAUCAUCAGUCCAUCUGUCAUUUGCUUGCUUCUAUAAUUCUUACUUGAUGCGUCAGAGCACAAAGAACUAAAAAAAAAAAACUGGUUUGCAGCUGUAGAUUUUUAAUAAUACUUUGAAAACCCACAGAGCGGGAACUUUUUGGGGAUCAGGUCCUGGGGACAUCAUUUAGGCCGUGUUCCCUGCAGUGGAAAAGCACUCGAGUUCCCUUAAGGUUCCUCGUCUCUGGGGAAUGUUCCUGCAUUGAAAACGAGCUCAUAUAUUGCAGUACAAAUAGUGGAAGAGCAUGAGAAUGAAUUUUUAGAUAUGUUCUGGGUGUUCAGAUUACAUUAAUGGAUCACUUUCUACUUCUUGCUUACACAUUAGUUAAAAGCACAUAAAUAGAUAGAACUCGGAUUGCUGUAUAACAUUGUAUAAAACAUUUCCUAGAGCGUUUGAGCUGUCACUAACAUGGAUCUCAUGUGCCUCAGCAAAGCCGCCAUGGUCUUACCAGAACACCUCAGUCACUGUCGCUGGGAUGAGCUACCACAAGCUGGACAAUAAAACUUCUGAGCUGGUGACGGUCAGGCAUUAUUGUUUGAUUGUUUCGUAAGGGCUCCAAACAAGCACAGUGGAAACUAGGCUACCAUGUCUUACUUUGUUUUAAUUAUAAAGCCUUCAACAUAUUGGCUUGUGGUCAAAGGAACUCUGCUUUCUUCGCCUUUCUGUUCAGAAAUUAUAGAGCACAGCUGAGAAGGCAAAUUACAGCUUAAGCACUCAGGGGGACAACAACAAAGAAACUUGCAGGUUGUUAAAUUAAAGCAUGAAGGUUAAUAAAGUACUGUUCUUGCUAUGAGAC